CCCGGGGGCCUUAGUGCCAGCUGGAGGGGCUGGGCACUAUGCCCUGCCGGGCCAGCUUUCUGGGGGCGGGGUUCUGAUCCACCCGCCCCCCGGUGCGGACUGUGCCCGGGCGGGCUUGCGGACCAGCAGGGCAGGGUUAGGGCCGGGCUUCUCUGGGCUAAGGAUCAAGGUCCUUGCCUGGGUUAGGCCCCCACGCAUUCCAGUCUUCGAUCCCGGACUCUGAAGAGGGCGCAGUAGAGCUGUAGCGGAGCACGAGAACCUGCGUCACCUCCGCGGAGGUGGGACCUAUUGUGUCUCCGCCCUGGGCGUGUCACCUGAAUUUAGAGUCACGCCCUCAACGUCCAAGCCUCUCCACCGCAAUCUUUCCGGGCGGAAGUGUAGAAGCCCCGAGAGGGACUCGGCGGAAGUGGCUGCUUUACUGCAAGUCGGUGCGCAUGCGUCAUUUUGCCCCGGUGGAGCUCUUCAGCCUGAACACUUUUCCUGUCUCCUUUUCUCCACGCGAGGGGGUGCGCGAACCCCCAGUCGUGGCUGUGUGGUCAGCACUUCUCUGGUCUCUUGGCCCCCUCACGAUGGCGGGCAUCCUGUUUGAGGAUAUUUUCGAUGUGAAAGACAUUGACCCGGAGGGUAAAAAGUUUGACCGAGUAUCUCGACUGCAUUGUGAGAGUGAAUCUUUCAAGAUGGACCUCAUUUUAGAUGUAAACAUUCAAAUUUACCCUGUAGACUUGGGUGACAAGUUCCGAUUGGUUAUAGCUAGUACCUUGUAUGAAGAUGGUACCCUGGAUGAUGGUGAAUACAACCCCACAGAUGACAGGCCUUCCAGGGCUGACCAGUUUGAGUAUGUAAUGUAUGGGAAGGUGUACAGGAUUGAGGGGGAUGAAACGUCUACUGAAGCAGCAACACGCCUGUAAGUUCCGCAGUCUGCUCUGCCUAUGUGUCCUACGGGGGCCUGCUCAUGAGGCUGCAGGGUGACGCCAACAACCUGCAUGGAUUUGAGGUGGAUUCCAGAGUUUAUCUGCUGAUGAAGAAAUUGGCCUUCUGAACCUCGAAGGAUGCCAGCCUGCUCUUGGUCACUCAGGUUGUGGACAUUGUUCAAACCUGAGUAGAAGUUGCUGUUGUUCACCUGUUAAGGAGGAACUGGUUUUCUGCCCACUGUUGGUGCAUCUUUAGCUAGUCUGAACUCAGUGGGAAACUGGCUUGCCUGUGAAAGACCCAAUGGGAAAGCUUGAAGUGAAUCAGAAGUUAUUUUGUGUAUAUAUGACUUUUUAAUUAAACUUUACUUUUUCAGACUCCC